GAAUUACUUUAUCAUAUAAAUCCCUCUGUAAUGUUUGAUGUUCAGAACUGAGCUAUGCCGUUUUAGCGGUGCUAAGAUCUAUCCUGGAAGGGGUAUCAGAUUUAUCCGCUCAGACUCGCAGGUUUUCCUAUUUGCUAACUCCAAAUGCAAGAGAUACUUCCACAACCGGCUGAAGCCUUCAAAGCUUACUUGGACAGCAAUGUACAGGAAGCAACAUAAGAAGGAUAUUGCUGCUGAAGCAGUAAAGAAAAGACGUCGCGCCACCAAGAAACCUUACUCCAGGUCAAUUGUGGGUGCUACUUUGGAAGUCAUACAGAAGAAGAGAGCAGAGAAGCCUGAAGUUCGUGAUGCUGCUAGAGAGGCAGCUCUUCGCGAAAUAAAGGAGAGGAUUAAGAAAACCAAGGACGAGAAGAAGGCAAAGAAAGCCGAGGUGACGGCCAAAUCUCAAAAGUCACAAGGUAAAGCUAGCUUCCAGAAAGGGUCCAUGCCCAAGGGACCAAAGUUGGUUGGCGGAGGUGGAAAGCGCUGAAAGCUAUAUUUAGCAUCUUGUAAUUGUGAUGGAUUUUUCUAAUGUUUUGCAUGCAAAUUUCUCAAACACAAGUUUUAAUUAUAUGUAUUGGAUGUUGAAUUUUAAACAAUUUAGUGUCUGUUCUUUUGUU